AUUCACGGCUAACUGUGUGUAUGUGUGCAUUGAGCAUAGCAUCGUUUUGUAUUGGUCUCCACUGGAUUUGCGUUAUAUGAAAAGUCAUUGUGCGGUUUUUAUUUGUUUUUUUUUUGUACCGCAAACGGCAUCGUUCAAUGCCCACUACAAAUGUGAACCAUUUUUUAUCGCAGAUCGAAAUCGCCCGUGAAAAUGACGCACUUAAAAUUACGAAUCAUUCGUUUGAAAACAUGUUCAAUCAGGUUUUGGUCGAUUCGAUGUAUAUUUAAUUUUUUUUUUUGAUUGAAAUACUCUUUCAUUAUGAUGCAAUAUGAAAUAGGGGAAUAUCUAGGUUGUGUUGCUUGUUUAUCGAAUUUCGAGCUAAAUUCAUAGAUUAUACGGAUUUGCAGUGGCGUCAACAUUACGACCACUGCAUUUAAUGAAAGUGUCAAAUCGUUUUUUUUCCCACCACCAUCAGCAAAAACAACAACUACUAUCAAUAAUAAAUAAAUUUCAUUGUGUGACACAAUCAACGAUUGCAGCACUUUGAACUUCACCACGGACUUUCGUUUUCUGCUCUUCGUAUUGAAGUAGUUGAAUUAAAACCAAACACAAGUGAUAUCAGCUUAAGCAACCUUUUGGAAUCGCAUUUAGUCAAUACGAAUUUGGACUUGAUCCAAUUUAUUGCAUGUGAAAUUGAUUUGCAAAGAAAUGGCCGACAAUAGUGUGAAGCCGGCAUGUAAGUACGGCAUAAAAUGCUAUCGACAGAAUCAAGCGCAUAAAGAUCAGUUUAGCCAUCCACCGAAAGACCGACCAAAGGAUGAUGAUGACGAUCGUAGAUCGAAAAGUCCACAACCACCGGCCAAAAAGCAAAAGCCAUCAACACCAUCGCCGCCAGAAAGUGACAGCGAUGCUGAUGACGAAAAACGUAGCGACGGCGUCAAUGAAACGAAAAGCAAAAGUGAUGAUGAGAAUCGCAGUGAAGAUGAAGACAAAGAGGGUAGCGAAAAUGAUGAAGAAGAGGAUAGCAAAAGCGAAAAGAACGAUGCAGUUGCCGAAAUCGAAUCCAAUAGCAAUGGAAGCAAUGGCUCGUCGAAGAAUGACACUGCCACCGAUGAAGCAACAGAUGAACCAAGUUCAACGACCGCUGAACCAGUUGGUGUCAGAUGUUCAGAGUUUAUCAAAGAGAAUUUCGAUAAAGGACCACAUGCACAACGUGCCGAACACAAAAAAUUACUUGAAUCGCCAGCUGAUUUUAUCAGCUCAAAAUUUUUGGUUAAGAUGCCCAAUGAUUUUUAUGCGUUUUGGGAAUUUUGCGAAGCCGAAUCCAAAAACAAUGCAAAACCAGAAGCUCUGUUCAAGAAAUUUGGGUUGAGCUUGGUCGGGCCAUUCGAUGUUUUAGCCAAAAAAUUCGACAAUGUUGAUCCAUUCGAACCGGGAGACUAUUUACGACACUGGCGCUUUUAUUAUGACCCACCCGAAUUUCAAACAUUGUUGGUGAAGGACAAAUCUGGUAUUCACUAUGGCUACUGGCGAGAUGAACCAAGUGGCGAGUGCUUGAUUGCCCGAAAUGAUGCCACAAAAAAUUGUGAAUUCGAUUUCAUUGCUGAUAAUAUGUUUGGUGCCGUUCUUUAUAUUCUAGAGAAAGACAUCCGGUUGAGUCCAUUCAAUCGUCCAGCCGCAUUGGCAUUGAAAAAAUCCAUCGAAAACUUUGCACACCGUAAACAAAUACCACUAAAAACAUUCUCGGCCAAGCUUAAGGCACGAAAUCUGAAAACGGUUUGUAAAACGUUCCACAAAGCUGGAUUAGCAGUUCCAUACAAUCGCAAAACCGAAGUUGGAUACCGACAGCUUGGUGAAAGUGAUGCCAAUCUCAAGAAAAUCCUCAGCAAAUUCACGGAAGCCAAAGGCGAUAAAACUCUAAUCACAGCUGCAAUGGAUAAGCUGCAGCCAUUGAUCACUGCUGCCAACAUAGCAUGCGAUGAAAGUGAUUUUGGCACAGCUGUCGAACUUGGAACUGAUUUAUUCUGCUUUGGUGAACCGGAGCUGCAUUCUGAUGCUCUGCAGUUACUUGUUACUGGCUACAAAUUGGUCAAUAAACCGCAAUUCAUUGCCAUAAUCAAGGCGCAUCUUGAGAAUCGUACCAAAGGUUAUACAGGUUUAUCAAUUUUGGAUUCGGUUAAACGCUCCGAUGUUCCGGAUUCAACAAAAUAAUCGCUUCAAAAGCCUCUGUUUCAUAAAACUCAACUUUCAAUCAUUUGUUAUUCAUUCUAAUAUCUCGAAACAUGGAAAGUUUCCCUCGGAAACACGUGAGCAAAUAAAUUUAUAAAUUUUUCUACCGAUGUCCGGUGUUUUAAAUUCAAUGUUUGUUUUUGUUUCAAAUAUGUCAUUUGUCAUGGUUUGACAUUUAUAGAGGGUGGCGCCCUCUACACCGAAGUGUCAUUUUCAAUGUAUACAUGUACUUGAAGCGUUUGUAGAAUAAAUAUGAAUUGUCAAAAUCUAA